CCCCAAUUUCCCUCGGGCAGUGAGCGCGACUCUCUUUGCUUAACCCGAACGCGGGCUGCUCUUCUGCUGGGUGGUGGUCCGGGUCGACGCCCGCACCCUGCCAUGCGGCUCCUCUGUAGGUGGCAGCUGCUGCUGUGGGUGCUGGGGCUUCCUGCCCGCGGCCUAGAGGAGGACUGUGGGCAUUUACGGCCGGAGGAGCAGCCUGCCCCGCCUCUCCAGGAGGGGACCGCGUCCCUGGAUGAGGAGGCGACCCCGUGGGAUCCAAGCAGCCGCGGCCGCCGGGAGAGGGCGGCAGAAGAGGCUGACGCUGCGCAGGGGCGGGGCACUCCCGGGGACCCCAUGGUGGUGCUGUCUGUGAUACCCGGAGAAGCCGAGGACAGACGGAGCUCAGAGCCCAGCAGCGGCACGUGCGCUGCUGCAGGAGAGGAGGACGCGGGGUGCAGUGUCCGCGACAGCCUCCUCUCCCGGGCCAGCGCGGGGCCGGCCUUCGCGGACCGAGAGGAGGACGACGACCCCGAGCCGGAAGCGGAGGCGGACGCGGCCGACCCCUCCCCGGCGGAGGACUCCAACAACACCGAGAGCCUCAAGUCCCCGAAGGUGAACUGUGAGGAGAGGAAUGUGACGGCGCUGGAGAACUUCACUCUGAAAAUUUUAAAUAUGUCCCAGGACCUUAUGGAUUUCCUAAACCCAAACGGUAGUGACUGUACCCUGGUCCUGUUCUACACCCCCUGGUGCCGAUUUUCUGCCAGUUUGGCCCCUCAUUUUAACUCGCUGCCCCGGGCAUUUCCAGCUCUUCAUUUUUUGGCUCUGGAUGCAUCUCAGCACAGCAGCCUUUCCACCAGGUUUGGUACUGUAGCUGUUCCUAACAUCUUGUUAUUUCAAGGAGCUAAACCAAUGGCUAGAUUUAAUCAUACAGAUCGAACACUGGAAACGCUGAAAAUCUUCAUUUAUAAUCAGACAGGUAUAGAAGCCAAGAAAAAUGUGGUGGUAACUCAAGCUGAUCAAAUAGGCCCUCUUCCCAGCACUCUGAUAAAAAGUGUGGACUGGUUGCUUGUAUUUUCCUUAUUCUUUUUAAUUAGCUUUAUUAUGUAUGCUACCAUUCGAACUGAGAGCAUUCGGUGGCUAAUUCCAGGACAAGAACAGGAACAUGCAGAAUAGUGAUGGACCAAAAGGAGAAGUUGGAAAGAGAAGCAAUUUCAAUAUUUCAUUUCGGAAAUUAGUGCUACAAUCUCAUGCAUUUUCUCCAGUGAAGUGCUCACCUGCAACUUCAGCCAUUUAAGGGAAUCAUGCAUUUGCUGACUACUGAACAGGUUAAAAAAAUUAUAAACUGGUGUUUUAACUAGUACUGUAAUAAGCAAAUGCAAAAAUAUUAAAAUUGAGAAUUUUUACUACUUGCACAUAACCUAGUAUUUUAAGAGUAAUCCAGUUUGAAAUGUGAACACACAUUCUGGUAGAAUUAGUGAACAGAAUGACACUUGUUACUAUACAGAAGGCAGAAACAGAACUUUGAGAUGACAGUUUUAGAAAACUUUGGGUUCCUUGUGUCUGUCUGUGAAGGUUGGUUUUGUUUGUUUGGAAUUUCUCUUCCAGAGUUGCUGAGCAGGAAAAUGUUCUGUUACGGGAAGAAUAACCAGAAAUGUUAAGUGUGACCCUGUAAGUAAUAACUGAUGGAAAAUAAAGUCAAAUACCUUGGUGUUUGC